GAAUAAAUCCAUGAAUGACUAAACAAAAUUUAUUCCUACAUCAUUUUCAAUAUCCUUAAAUUAUGCUUACAUCCUUAAAUCGGUUGCCGCAUUCUGAAAGCACAGAGUCUGUAACUCAUAAAAAACACCUGUCGGCUGGGCACCGUGGCUCACGCCUGUAAUCCCAGCACUUUGGGAGGCCGAGGUGGGCGUAUCACCUAAGGUCGGGAGUUUGCGACCAGCCUGACCACCAUGGAGAAACCCCGUCUCUAAUAAAAACACAAAAAAUUAGCCGGGCGCGGUGGUGCAUGCCUGUAAUCCCAGCUACUUGGGAGGCUGAGGUAGGAGAAUCACUUGAACUUGGGAGGCGGAGGUUGCGGUGAGCCAAGAUCGUGCCAGCCUGGGCAACAAUAGCAAAACUCCGUAUCACAAAACAAACAAACAAACAAACAAAAAACCACUAAAUAAUUCAUUUAGUAUGGGAGAGUGUGAGGAAGCAGAAAAUUAAAAAAAAAAAAAAUAGACCAGCAAUAAUGUCACUUUUUCAUGAAUUUGUUAGUUCUUUCUGAGCUCCACUUAGUUACUUUCCCAUUCUUCCCUGCACACCGUCAACACAUAAGGACUCAAAUUAAGAUGAUGUAUAUGUUUACACUCCAACAUUUUUUUUUUUUUUUUUUUGUGAGCAUGGGGCCGUAUUUUAAUACAAGAAAGACAUUGCUCUAGAACAUGGCUCGCCUUUGCUUCAGGGCCUAGCAGUUUAUUUUAGCCAUAAGGGUAAGGGAGCAGGUCAGAAAUGACUUUUAGUGUAAUCCUAUCUGUAAUUAAAAAUAGAAAUGCUGUCAUAAGAUCAAAUGUUAUCAAAAAUCAGUAUUUAAAAUUAAAUUUACGCCCAAAUUUCUUUCAAAAAAAAUUUGUAAUGUUCUUUUUCAGUGAAGCCUUUGCACUGCUAGAGCUGAACAAUGUGAUCAAUCGGCUUGUUGAAUAAUCCUGCACAGUAGGUAUUCCGCUGAAGCCAACUAGCUGGGGGCUCGAGAGCGAAAGACACAGAUGGGGCCCUGCCGCCCCUCGAAGAGUCGGAUGGGCGCGCCCGUCCCCGGUGCAUCAAGAGGCUGGCCCGGCCAGGGGCGAGCGGCUGGCACCGAACCCCGCGCACCUCGCCGCGGGCGGGGCUGGGCCGUAGUCGGCUCGAUUUAAGGCUGGUAUCCAAGGCUGCGGCCGGUCAGGCGAGGCGAGGCGAGGCGACGUGAGCGAGGGUGCUUAGGGAGAACAGUCGCUGGCAGCUCAAUGCUGGGUGGCUAACGCUCGACGGUGCCCGGCAGCAACCCGGCCGACAACCCGACCCGGAUCCCGAGCUGCGUCGCGGACAAUGCCGCGGGCCCGUCCCUGACUACGACUCCCGACGGGCUCUGCGACUGCGCCGGCCAGUUUGACAGCCGGGCGCCCUACUCGGCUAGCUCUGCUCCCAGCCAGGGACGCUGGCCUUCUCGCGGCUUUCCCCCGAUGUCUCUCUUUAUUCCAGCUGCCUGAAACUCGGUCCCACGAAUGGCAGGCAGCGUCCAAAAUUCAACCCCGUAAAGCCAGCACCAGCCAAUAAAGCGCACGGAUGGAGGCCACGUGACAGCAGUGGGCCGGCCCUCCGGCUGAGCCCUGAUCUCUAUGGUUUCCGCGGCUCGCUAGAAGGAGUGUGGUCCACUGGAGGACUCCCUACAUUCUUCCUCCAUUACCUCACUGCCUCCGGUGGCUGCUGGGAUACCGGAGGACUCGGGUCCCGGCUCGACUCAGUCUUCCAGCCGCCCGGGGAACACCUCUAGUUCUUCCCGGCCGCCGCCGCCUCCGCCCCGCCGCCUCCGCCCCGCCGCUUCCGCCUCCGCCCCGCCGCUUCCGCCGCCGCCCCGCCGCUUCCGCCUCCGCCCCGCCGCUUCCUCCUCCGCCUGCCGGCCUCCUUCGCCCCGCCCCGUCCGCGCAGCGCGUCCGGCCCGCCCGCAGGCCAGCUUCUCUCGGGAGCCCCCACCCAGGCGCAUGGCUCCAUGAAGCAAGAGGAGGAGGCAGAGCGCGAGAGGUCCCGUCCGCCCCAGCCGCGUCUGGGCCAGGAGAAAAGGAAGCAGGCUCGCUCGCUGUAAUGUUUGGUGGUCUCCGGCGCCGCCUGGCGGCCCCCACCCACCGUCCCGCCGCCCCCUCCCCCGCCCGGCGUCUGGAUUGCACCCCCGCGGCUCGGCCCAAGCUGCUCUACCCGUCGCUCCAUCGUCUCCCCAACUCCCCAGCGCCCCGGACCCUCUUUCCUCAUACCCUCGUUUCUCACCUUUCACCCUGUCCCUCGGCCCGCUUUUCCCGUCCCCGCUCUGUCCUGUCGUUUUCUUAACACUCUUCACACGCGCACUUCCUCCUCCUCCUCCUCUUCUCUUUUUCCCACCCCUACCCUUGGGCCCUCCUUCCUUAACCUCCGCUGGCCCCCCAUUCCAUGAUCCGUCCACCUGACACGCUGGGUUUCAUGCCUCUCUUUCCCAGGCUGUGGGUUGUGCCCUUCACUCCUUGCCCUCCUCCAUUCCCUGUCCUGAUCUGAACUCCUCUCCUUGCCACGCUCCCUCACCCUUAUCCCUCUGCACACUCCGAAAUUUUUAAAGAAAAAGGAGAGAGAGAAAAAAAAGGAAAAGAAAAGAAACCCAAAAGGGAAAAUAUAGCUAAGGUGAACUGGCUCGGAUUCAUCAGAUUCUCUACUUGCGUCAUUUGCAAUGGAAAGACCCUCCCACAAGCAAAACCAUAUUCCUGCUGCUGUCAGUUAUGAUGCACUGAGAAAACUUCAGAGACCUAAACUUUUUCCAGAGAAGAGAAGCUUUACUGGUGUUCCAGCCCUAAGCAACCAUCUUUCCUGUGAAAAAUUCCCUCUCCUAGUACUUUAGUUCUGUGGAUCCAAAAUUUAUAGCAUUCUUCUACCACCACAGGGGCUAUAUGACAUUGACAGACAAGACACUUUUCAGAAAGACAGCUGCUCCUAUCAGUGACAAAUCAGCGUAUUAGAACAUGCAUGCUGGCUGAUCAUUCUGAUCAAGUCAACAAGCUUCACAACUUACUCAAUGAGGUCGUCCGUGAGAACUUCACUGUUUUACGAGGACAGGAGCUACUUCUUUGCUGAACUGCGUCACGGUUUCAACUGCUGAGGUUUUCUUCAAGCUUUUGUAUUGUUUGGAAUGUGAAAGGCACGGCCGAGACACACUUUGAGGUUCCCACUGCAUUGUUACACCUCCCCCCUCACUUCAGGGCCAGGUAACACCAAGAAGGACGCCAUGAGAGCGAAGGCCGUUGGGUAACCACCUUUUGCUCUCGCGCUGCGCGUCUCCCUGCCAUGAACCGCUGCAACCGGCGCUGGGAGCGGUUGAGGGCGGCGGCCAGCCUCGCGCUGGAAGCGGUUGAGGGCGGCGGCCGGCCUCGCGCUGGAACCUCGCCCACCUCAAGGCUCGUGCGGAAGCGCAUGGGGCAGGCCAGGAGCCCGCCCUAGGAGGGCCCCGCUGGAGAUGUGGAAAUGGAGGGACGCGGCACCUGGGCGCUUCCUGGGGCCAGACAACACCCCCUCAUUGGAACCUCCAUGACCGUGCCUCUGAGAAACCAGCGCGUCCGCAACGAUCACUCCUAAUUUUCGGAUUCCUAUCGUCUGUCUCCACGUGAUAACACUGAAGAGCCUUCACGUUGAUGCAGGCCCAGGGCCUCAAGUGCAGAGACUGAGAGCUCUGCAGGACACAGCAUGGAGCCGCCAUUCCUCUACUGGGUGGAAGAGCAUGUGUCCUCUGAACAGGGGAUCCAAGCCCUGAGAUGUUCUUUCUCAGGUGUCAGUGUGGCCCAGGACUUUCUGUGGGGAUGCUCAGACAGCAGGGGCCGGAGGACUUUUAGCCACCACCUCCCAUGGCCAGUCUUCACAAAUUACCUUUGGCUAAUUUGACUGUCUCUCCUCCUGGGGUCUAGGACUUCAAACAUGUACAGAAGCGAUUGCAGAAUUAAGACAAGACACUUCCACAAUAUAUUUUUUGUAUCACUGGCUCAGAAAAAGACUCAUUCAAAUCCUGUAUCAAAGCCACGUGUGAGAAUCUUGAGAAAGCAUCAGCUGACUGACUUGACAAGGGAGGAAGCAACCAAAAAUUCUGCGCUUCUUCAGUAUCCGAGUACGAUAUUUUGCUUCAACAUCCCUCUUAGAUGAAGUUAUUGAUUGAAAAUCAUUUAAGUUUGCCCCAUGGUAAAAGAUCAAGUCCUCAGAAAGAUCUCCAAAGCGUUUACGGUUUGUUUUGUUUUGGUAAGUUUACCAUGAUUUUGCUUAAACUGCUCUCCGUUGAUCUUCUCAGCUAAGAUGGAGGUAGAGUUGCACAGUGGAAGAGGGCUGCAUGUAAGAAGGCAGUUCUGUCUCAGAGGACAAAAGGCCUGGGAGCACCCAGACAGACAGUCACUGCAUGGAGGUCACUCCCCUCCCAGUGGCCACUGUGGAGACAUUUCACAGAAAUGCUUGCUGGACCAUUCAGGUUCAGAGUUGGGACAAAACCGAGAACUCAUGGGGAUAUUGGACAGCAGUUAGGAAAUGACCUUCUCACACAACUGGGGCAGUGGGGGAGAACCCUGGGCUUGAGACUUGCAAUCCACCACUUGCCCCUGCCCCUGCCCCUGCCCCUGCAGUGUGGCCGCUGUUACAUUUUCCUGCAACUCUGCCUUCUUGAGUCCAAAUGUCUUCGAAAGGGGCAGAUGCUUCGUAAGUGCCGACAGGGUGUGUUUCAGUGAAUGUUUGCAGUGUGCACCGGUCUGGCUGAAGGCCUCUUCCCUUCCCCAACACCCUCCCAUCGUGCAAAAUUACCCUGCCCAGCAGGGAGUGACUUGUGUGUCUCAGAAGAUUUUGUUGCUGUGCUCUGAGUUCUCACUCCUCAUCUCCUUUGACCAGUUUAUUCUAAUACUCCCCUUGUUCACAACACAGAACAUGAGUGCUCUUUCCUGUCAUUUUGACACUAAUAAACAGACAGUGAUUCUCAGUGUGGAAAUGAGAAUGAAGUUUUUUUUAAAGACAGGCUACAAUAAUUCCCAUGCAGAGAACCACAUGCGAUGACACUGGAUUCCAAACAGCAAGAACGUAUGGUGAAGAUGAGGCCAACAGUGAGCUGAGAGAGGCCAGCCAGGGUGUGUUUCAGUGAAGAUGAGAAACAAUCAGAUAACACCUGUUUCCUCCAGGAAAGAAAAUGUGGCCAGGGAAAAGAGAUGGGAGGAAGGCUGGUCAUUGCCUCUUCCACUGUGCACAGUUUGAAUUUGGAGCCAAGAAAAGUAUUGCUUGGUUAAAUUAAAAUCAUUCAAAAGAUAAAACAUAAACAUUUAACACCAGCGCAAUAUGCUGGGAAACAAAAUGAAAGGCUUUCUGGUCUCGGUGCUGUAGGUCACAUAGCCACUCUUUCCUGGAUUGAGGCUUUCCAGCAAAGGGGCUGGGACGUAAGGCUGGCCUGCUGGUGUGGACAGAGAUUCCAGCAACAUGCAUGACCUGGGGGUACAAGGAUUGCUUCCUAAACAAUGAUAAGCACACAGCCACCUAAUAGUCUGGAUCGGCUGAGACCAUCCUGAUUUCAAACACCCAGUCCCCUUGCCUUCCUAAGAAUCCCUGUGUUUCUCAGACUGAAAAUGUGUUUUGAAUUUUGUUCACGAAGUGAGGCUGCUGUUGAAAUUCGUCAAGACUGGGAAAGAGCCAAAGUGGGAAGGAGCAUGGGUUGAUUGGCACAAAAGUAGGUCUGCUGAUAAAGAAUGGAAGUAAAGGGGCCAUCAGGUAGAAGCUUUUGCUGUGAGUCAGAAGGACAAUUUAAAAGUUGCCUAAAGAGGCACACGCCAUCUCUGCUGCUGCCUUCCAGUUGGAAGGGAAACUCAGGUUCUUGCCUAAUGGCCGAAGCCCUUCACAGAAUGUCCCCCACCCCUAACAGCUGCCCACUGCCCCUCCCCCUCUGCAGAAUGUCUGGGGUCCUAUGUUCCAGAAACCUGUUUACUUUCACUUCCCUGUGUCAGUUGGACUCAGGAGCGUCUGGUGAGCCAGGUCACUCUCUGGGUCUUACCCUUGGCUUUUCUCAUUGCGGAAACUGCCAGACAGCGGUGGUCAGUGCCCAGCCUGAGGGGAUGGCUUCCAAUGGAGCAUACCCAGUGCUGGGACCGGGCGUGACCGUGAACCCUGGCACCUCCCUGUCUGUGUUCACGGCUCUGCCCUUCACCACACCCGCUCCCGGCCCAGCACACAGGCCGCUCCUUGUGACUGCAGGGGUUCCUCCAGGCGGCCCUCUGGUGCUGUCUACCUUCCCCAGCACACCUCUGGUGACAGAACAGGAUGGCUGCGGCCCGAGUGGGGCCGGGGCUUCCAACGUCUUUGUCCAGAUGAGGACAGAGGUGGGGCCUGUGAAGGCCGCUCAGGCGCAGACCUUGGUCCUAACUCAGGCCCCCCUCGUCUGGCAGGCUCCGGGCGCCCUCUGCGGAGGUGUUGUGUGUCCACCUCCCCUACUCCUGGCAGCUGCUCCUGUGGUGCCUGUUAUGGCUGCCCAGGUGGUUGGGGGCACCCAGGCCUGUGAGGGAGGCUGGUCCCAGGGCCUUCCUCUUCCACCACCACCACCACCGGCUGCCCAGUUGCCCCCCAUUGUGUCCCAAGGGAAUGCUGGGCCAUGGCCACAAGGGGCUCAUGGAGAGGGCAGCCUGGCUUCCUCCCAGGCCAAGGCCCCGCCAGAUGACUCCUGUAACCCCAGGAGUGUCUAUGAGAACUUCCGACUCUGGCAGCACUACAAGCCCCUGGCCCGGAGGCACCUUCCCCAGAGUCCUGACACCGAAGCGCUUUCGUGCUUCCUCAUCCCAGUUCUCCGAUCCCUGGCCCGGCGGAAGCCCACCAUGACCCUGGAGGAGGGACUGUGGCGGGCCAUGAGGGAAUGGCAGCACACGAGCAACUCUGACCGGAUGAUCUUCUACGAGAUGGCGGAAAAGUUCCUGGAGUUUGAGGCUGAGGAGGAGAUGCAGAUUCAGAAAUCGCAAUGGAUGAAGGGGCCCCAGUGCCUGCCUCCUCCAGCCACACCGAGGCUUGAACCUCGAGGACCCCCGGCCCCUGAGGUGGUCAAGCAACCAGUGUACCUUCCCAGCAAGGCCGGCCCCAAGGCCCCGACUGCCUGCCUGCCACCACCCAGGCCCCAGAGGCCAGAGACCAAGGCCCGCCUGCCACCACCCCGGCCCCACCGGCGAGCAGAGACCAAGGCCCGCCUGCCACCACCCAGGCCCCAGAGACCAGCAGAGACCAAGGUCCCUGAGGAGAUCCCCCCAGAAGUGGUGCAGGAGUAUGUGGACAUCAUGGAGGAGCUGCUGGGGCCUUCCCUCGGGGCCACGGGGGAGCCCGAGAAACAACGGGAAGAGGGCGAAGUGAAGCAGCCACAGGAAGAGGACUGGACGCCCCCAGACCCGGGCCUCCUGAGCUACAUUGACAAGCUGUGUUCCCAGAAAGACUUCGUCACCAAGGUGGAGGCCGUCAUUCAUCCCCGAUUCCUGGAAGAAUUGCUUUCCCCAGAUCCACAGAUGGAUUUCUUGGCCCUAAGCCAGGACCUGGAGCAGGAGGAAGGACUCACCCUUGCCCAGCUAGUGGAGAAGCGCCUCCUACCCUUGAAGGAGAAACAGCAUGCGAGGGCAGCCCCUAGUCAUGGCACGGCCCGGUUGGACUCAAGUUCUUCUAAGUUUGCAGCUGGCCAAGGAGCAGAGAGAGACGUCCCUGACCCCCAACAAGGGGUUGGCAUGGAAACCUGCCCACUCCAGACGACUGCCCGGGACUCUCAGGGACGAGGCAGAGCACACACUGGCAUGGCCAGGUCCAAAGACUCUGUUGUGCUUUUGGGAUGUCAGGAUUCCCCUGGGCUGAGGGCUGCCCGGCCAACCUCUCCUCCCCAGGACCACAGACCCACCUGCCCUGGCGUGGGUACCAAGGAUGCCUUGGAUCUCCCUGGAGGGUCUCCUGUCAGGGAGUCACAUGGGCUGGCUCAGGGGUCAAGUGAGGAGGAGGAACUCCCCAGCCUGGCCUUCCUCUUGGGUUCCCAGCACAAGCUUCUGCCCUGGUGGCUACCCCAGAGCCCUGUCCCUGCCUCGGGCCUUCUCAGCCCAGAAAAGUGGGGACCCCAGGGAACUCAUCAGUCCCCAUCUGCUGAGAGAAGAGGCCUCAACCUAGCACCUUCUCCUGCCAACACGGCCAAGAAGCGACCUCUCUUUGGAAGCCUGUCCCCUGCUGAAAAGACACCCCACCCAGGGCCUGGGCUCAGCGUCUCUGGGGAGCAAUCCCUGACUUGGGGGCUCGGUGGCCCCUCACAGUCUCAAAAGAGAAAGGGUGACCCCUUGGUCUCCAGGAAGGAGAAGAAGCAGCAUUGUAGCCAGUAGGGGCUUCUGAGCAGGCUCUCUGGGGCCGAUCCCCAAGGAUGGGGCUCUGGCAUCCGAUGCCCCAAAGCGGUCAAAAGCUUCUUCUCCCCCAGUGCUGAUCUUGCUGGGCCUUAGCUUUGGAGGGGAGGGGAGGGAGGGGAGGGAGAGGGUGGCUGAAUGGGGAGGGCAGGAAGGGAGGGUCUGGGGGGAAGGGGCUGGGGAGUGGGGGUGGGAAGCAGUGCGUUGGGGGCCUCGUGUGUAAGUGUGAAUAAAUGUAGUUGUCUUGGAAAAUGCUCUUGGGGCUGCUGCCUCUGUCCUCGGUGCUGUGCUGCUCCGUGGAGGGUGUCUGUGAGGGAGGGCAGAGGAACUGGCAGAUGCCAGGCUCUGGGAACCCACAGGGGCCGGCCCCACUCUUUCCUCCUGACGUAGGGAGCCCCUUCAGAUGCUCCAGGGACUGACAGAUGCUGAGGAAGCCCUGAUCCCUCCCACCACCCACUCACAAGGCCCUGCCUGCUUUAGGGAGGCUUCUUGAGGCCCCCCAUCGUUAUCAGCAUCCCUGGAAAAUCCUGGGAUUGGAGAGAGCUGGCUGGCUCUUGUUCUGCUCGGUGGGAGCUGAGGAGAAGGCAGCCGCCUGCAACAUGGACAUGGGGAGAGGAGGCUGCUCCUGCUUAACCCUCAUCAGGAAGAGCGCGGGCACUGGGCUGAGGGGAGACGUUGAGGUGACCAUCCACACAGGUGUGUUUGGGAUACGAUGAUGGGUGGGGAGCAGGGGAAGUCCUUCUGCCUGUUUCUGGGCAGGAGAGAGUCUUGUCCAACUAGCUAAAGCAGAUGCUCCUUGCUGUGGCCACAGGGACUGGCCUCGGGGCCCUCAAGGUCCUGCAUGGAGCCCCCCACAGCUAUGAUUCCCUUCCCAUAUGAUGACUGAACUCAUGUGGAAUUGAUGUAGACACAGAUUUACAUUGGUUUCUAAAACAGUUCCCUCCCAACACACCAUCACCAAUGGGAACAAGCAUGUCCAGUCCAUCAGGCGCAGGGUGGGUGUUUCUGCUGGUUCCAGGGCCCGGAGGAGCUGGGGCCCAGGCCAAGAGGGGCCGAGGGUCAGCCGCCCUUCUGCCAGGCACAGACCCCAAGGGCAGAGCAGGGGCUGCCUGGGAUGUGGCAUUGGCUGUCUGGGAAGUGCCCUGGGAGUUGGGGGCUAGGUGUUCGCCAAAGGGAGACUUCCAGAGUCUAUGAGUGAGAUGAGGACUGCAUCAGGAGAGGGACCGAGGCUGGGGAGGACGCUCUGCUCUUUCCCAGGUUGUCCUGUCCUCCCAAUCUCUGCUGAACUGCCCUCACUCCAUGGGCCAACUUCUGCCCCCCUUACCCCUAACCCACCUCUUAGAAUCUCAGAUCCCAGCAUGGACAGGACCCGGCACCCACCCUGGUUCCCUCCUGGCCAACACCUUCUUCUCCACGGUCUGAGUUCUGAUUCCUCCCCCAGGGCGCUUAUUGGCUCAGGACCCCUGUGACCGCCAGGGCACUGGUCCCAGCACUGCCUGCGUGCAGAGCUGUGGUCACGGCGCUGGGGGCUGGCCCAGCAGCAGAGGCUGGUGGGGCAAAGCUGUCUGGUACACGGUGGCCUGGCCCCUCGGCCAAGUGACAAAGGGAGCCAUGUUUGGGUCCUCUCUGGCCCCAUCUGCCCACAGAACACAGCAGUCAGCCUGACAGAUGCCCCUCUGCCCCGUCCCUUCUGCUCAAUGUGGGCAGUGUCGGAGGCCUGCUGUCUUCUGUGGCCUUUGGGAAGGAGAGUUUAUCUUGGCAGGGCUUCCCCAGCUCAGUGCACAUCAGGCCCUUGGGGAAAAUGUGGGGAGCGAAGAGUCACUGGUGGGUGAUGUGGACAGCUCCCGUGACUCCUCUACAUUCAGGGCCAUCCUCAGGAGAUAAGGUAGCACUGCCCCUUUGCAGGGUUUAGGAAUGUUAAGUGAGCCAUGUUUGAAGGGAACAUGGUCCAUACUCUGGCGUGUGUGGGUGCCCAGCCAACUUCCUCACCUAAGGGUGAAAGUGACACCUUGGGGCUCCUGCUGGUUACCCCACUGGCCGUUGUCUAUCCCACUGUCCCUGUCCUUGUCUUGGCUGAGCCAUUCCUAGGAAGCAGAACUUGUGCUUCCUCCACCUCUGUGUCCCACCUGAGCCCUACAAUCUGCCCCUAAAUGGGCACAGUGGGGCUGACUGGGGGGCUCUGGUAGACUGAACAUACAUCCCCCGCCCAGUUCCUGUGCUGAAGCCCUAACCCCCAACGUGAUGGUAUUUGGAAAUGGGGCCUUUGGGAGUUAUUCAGGGUUAGAAGAGACCAUAAGGGUGGGGCCCUAAUGAUGGGAUUAGGGCCCUGGUAAGAAGCAGAGACCCCAGAGCUCUCUCUCUCCCUGACACGAGGACACAGUGAGAAGGCGGCCAUCUGCAAGCCAGAGAGAGAGCCCUCACCAGAACCUUGCCCACUGGGAUGCUAACCUCGGACUUCCAGCCUCCAGACUGUGACAAAUACAUUUCUUUUUUUAAUAUGUGCCACCACCCCCAAGUCUAUGGCACUUUGUCCUAGCAGCCCUAUGUGACUAGGACAAAGUCCAUAAUCUCAAGAACUUCCUUCAUGACUGGUAUCUGGAAACCGUGCAUCAGAGCCACGGGAAAGAAAGGCUCGGCCCUUUACAACUGUCAGCACACCUCCACCCCAAGUGCAGUGUAUCACACAUGAACCAGGAGAGCCUGGGACGCAGUGAGUUGUGCUUCAGUUAAUGUAGAGAUCUUCACUGAACCGCACAUAACCAUUGAAGUAACCUGCUGUUUACAGUGUCUAUCAUGCUCUGCCAAGAGAGUUAUUUUACAGUGACAAAACUUCUCUUCUGGUGCCCUGACACAUCCUAGGACUUUGAUGUUGGUAAUUCUUUCCCCCCAGCAAAUGUUGGUUCUAAAUCCACAGAACUACUUGAGAAACUAGAAGCAAAAUUGUAGUAGGUUUAAAUUAUCAAUACUCUUUUUUAAUUUUUUUUUUUUUGAGACAGAGUCUCUCGCUCUGUCACCCAGGCUGGAGUGCAGUGGCACGAUCUCGGCUCACUGCAAGCUCCACCUCCCGGAUUCACGCCAUUUUCCUGCCUCAGCCUCCCGAGUAGCUGGGACUACAGGCGCCCACCACCACGCCCGGCUAAUUUUUUGUAUUUUUUAGUAGAGACGGGGUUUCACCAUGUUAGCCAUGAUGGUCUCGAUCUCCUGACCUCUUGAUCCGCCCGCCUCGGCCUCCCAAAGUGCUGGGAUUACAGGCGUGAGCCGCCGCACCCGGCCUAUCAAUAUUCUUUAUAUGUUUUGCUAUUCCCAUUUAAAAGAGGGAAACUGUAGCUAUACACUUUCUAGUCAUGUUCUUUGGUGAUUUUCCUGCACAAACCAACACUGUUGUUCAGAAAUAUAAUUUCCCCUAGAAUUACCCUCCAUCCAAAACAUAUUGUUAUUCUAUCACAGAGAUAAAUAAUGGCUUUCCAAAUCCUGGUUAAAAAAACCAAACACUCUCUUCUUCUCUGUAUUUUUCCAGAAUAGGCAUAGAUGAUGGCAAUUGUGUUUUACCAUCUUUUUUUUUUUUUUUCUGAGAUGUUAGUUUUCUAGGAUAUGGAAAUCUUAGGAUUCAUAAAAAAUGAAACAACUUUUUGAAAUGUUAGUUUUCCAAAAUUGGACAAUCUUUUUGAGCCAUUCUAUUUUUAGGACUAUUGGUUAGCUGACUUUAGAGCCUUUAAUGUUUCCUUAUUAUUUCAAACAAUAGAGAACUUUCUUCCCCCCCAUGUUUUGAGACAGGGUCUGGCUCUGUCACGCAGGAGGCUGUCUGUAGUGCAGCGGCACAGUCUCAGCUCACUGCAACCUCCGCCUCUUGGGCUCAAGUGAUCCUUCCCCCUCAGCCUCCUGAGUAGCUGGGACUGUAGGUGCAGGCCACCACAUCUGGCUAAUUUUAAACAAUAGAGAACUUUCAAAACAAAAGUUCUUUAUUAAUUCUUCAAGAAAUCUGUUUUUUACUUAGUCGAUUAAUGUCCAUUUCAUGUUGCCUCAAUAGCCCAUGUAUGAAUCACUCUUCUUGCAGAUUUUGUUCAGUUUUGUUGUAUGUAGACCCAUCUUUCUUUGAGUUGGUUUCUUUGAGUUGAUUUGUCUGUAUUAUAUAUCAGUCAGUAUUAAAACCCAAACAAUACCUAAGCCAAAAAAGCAAUGUAGGCACCUGUGAACUCACACACUUGGUUGCAAUUGCUUCAGUAAAAAGGACAGUUUACACUCAAAUUGAAGCAACCAUUAUGUUUCCACAAACAACAUUCCUUAUUAUCCCACCUCACCUUUUCAUUCUUCCUAUGCUGUCUAAUCUGAUUUGGUACAAGAGAUAAGGCAGGUACUGCUAAAUGAUAACUUAGAUGCAGGGGCCAUCAUGAAAAUAUUCAUCCCAUAUCUUACAUUAAGCAAACUACUAGCAACUGUUUGUUGAAAAGUAUAAAUGAAUAAAUGAAAAUAGGACAGAUAGGCAGUGUGGGAAGCUAAAAUAUGGAAGUGUUAUUGCUUUGCUUUAUGUGGUAUAAUGAUCUGAUUUUAUCUUCCCAGCUCUCCCAGGAAGUAUGCAGAAUAAUAUUUAUUUCAUAUUGUGGGUGUGGCAAUCAAGACAGAGAGGCUAGAUGCUUUACCUAAAGUCAUCCAACAAAUAUUUGGUAGAACCAGUGCUAGAAUGCAAUAAAUGGAAACAGAGUUUAUUUUGGUGUUUCUUUUCCUGAUACUUGCCCUAUUCCUGACAAAUGAAUAAUGGCUUCAGAAGGUGUCACUUGUUACUAGGGCUAAAAGGAUAAAUUUUACCUGUAAUACCAUAGCACUUACUAUUAGUUAACGACCCAGUAUUUAUUCUCUUUUUUUCUUUGGAAUGUGUAAAUAUUUGCCUCCCAGGAAGCUCACUUUAUCCUCUCCUCAGGAAAAAAUCCUGAUUUGGUCUGAACCAAUCUUGGUAACUAUCUUUCUUGCCAGUUUUGUUUUAGGAAUGGGCACACAACUCAGUUCUAGCCAAUGAGAUAUGAGGAGCAGUCUACUGGGGAGUUUCUGGGAAAGUUUGUUUUUCUUGUCCUAAUAAACAAACAAAUAAUAGGGUCACUGGAUUGGAGAUCCUAUUGAGUCAAAGGAAUAUUGAAUUUGACACAGUAAAAUAGUCUGGAAGGAAAGGAAAUGAUAUUCAGUAAAUGAAAUGCUGAAAAUUGAUAUUAUGAAGGUGGCGCAGUAGUUGUUAUUGAUUAAAUGAAACAGUUGAGAUUAAGAAAGUUUAGCCAGGACAAGUUAUAUAGCACAAAUCAUUUCAGGUAAGGAAGUUAAAAAAAAAACCCUGAGAGGCUAGGAAGUCCUGGCUCCAAACGUCUGCUCCUGCUGGACUUGAGCCCCACUAGCUUCUCAUCUUCCACUAAUCUAUGCACCCCUCCUUUCCCACUCCUCAAAAGCCGAGCUCACUCAACAACUUUAAUUUUAUUCAAAUUUAUUUACACAGACAUUUUGUUUUUAGUAGAUGUUAUUAGUGAUUAGGAAAAAUGAAAGAGAUUGACAUCUUUCAAUUGACAGAGAUGCCAAUAAUUUUAAGUAUAAUUUUUUAAACACUUUGUUCUUAAAAUGAGAAAGAAAUGCAAGGAAGGGACCACUACCCUGGGCAUUAGCAUGUCCGAAUAUGAUAACUAAACCUGCUGCAAUUAUCUUGCAACCAGGGAGGAGCUAGCUUGAAAAUAAAGCCAACACAGAUGAAAAGCAGAAAGUGGAAAGAACCUAAGUCACUGAUGAUGCUAUUGAGCUGAUGAAUUAAACCUGGAGUGUAUGUUCCAUGGGCUUCUGUAAGGAAUUAAAAUAUUUUUACUGUUUAAACCAGUGUUUCAUUGUUUUCUGCAGAAAUCCUAAUUGGCAUAAAGAAACUACUGACCGACUAACCCCACUGCAACCUCACCUGACCCCUUAGGAUGUCCUUUCAUGGUUUUCUUGAUUUUGUUGAAGUUAUGUAUUGAGAAUAAUGGAAAAUCACAGAAGAUGAUUUUCUGAUCCCAACUCCUUAGCUAUGACCUUGUGUCUCUAGCUCAUGAUCAUGGUUUAUGAAGCAUGGGAAGGACUGGGAAAAGUAGAAAGUAGGUAGGGAAGAUGAGAUGUCUGAUGAUGGAGGUUAUUGGGGUCAGGACAGGUGGGUAGGCAAGGUGAAGUGUGUAAGCUAAGCAGGAAAUGCAAAUGAAAAUCAGAGAGAAGGUACCCCUUCAGAACAGAUUCUUAGAAAGCCAUUAUUAGGAACAUAUGGGCCACAUCUUUGAGAAGAGUUGUGGAAUUCACAUUACAGUAAUGGCAUCACUUAGAUUCAUGCUCUUCUCUCAGGGAGAGAAAUCAAUAUUUAUAGGAUAUGAAAGGGUCUUCAUCAUGUGUCUCAGUCUGUUUUUAUUGCUAUAAACAAAUACCUGAAGCUGGGUAAUAUAUAAGGAAAAGAGGUUUAUUUGGCUCACACAAUUCUGCAGGCUGUACAAGAAGCAUGGCGCCAGCAUCUGCUUCUGUUGAGGGCCUCAGGAAGCCUCCAUCGUGGUGGAAGGCAAAGGGGAACCCGUGUGUCACAUGAUCAGGGAGGAAGAGAGCAAGAGAGGGGAGGAAGGUAUCAGAUUCUUUUUAACAAUAAGAUCUCACGGGAAGUAGGAGUGAGAACUUAAUCCCAUGAAGACAGCACCAAGCCAUUCAUGAGGGAUCUGCCCCCGUAACCAAAACACCUCCCAGUGCGCCCCACCUCCAACAUUGGGGAUCAAAUGUCAGCAUGAGAUUUGGAGGAGACAAACAUUCAAACUUUAUCAUUGUGCUUGUUUUCUUCAGAAAUAGACCAAAUUGAUAUGUUUCAUGAUGACAUUAUGAUCUAAAAAUGAGAGUUUAUUUCAGUUUGUCCUGUAUACACCCAAGAGGUCCAGGAUAUUAUUCUGUCUGUCUACCACAAGUCCUGCAAACUAGAAGAUGGCCUUAACAGUCAAUCUAGGGUGGUUCUGCCCAAUGACCUUUUGUCUUUCCUCAGUGUCUUCCAAAGCACAUAAUAAUAUUCUAUCAUGAAUUAUAUGAAAGCUGUUUACAUGGAUUAAACAGUAAAUCUGACAAACAGGCUGCUUUUUCAUGACUCUAGAUAUAUUUCUUCUUACACAUUUUAGACAUUUGAGAAAAAAGUCAAAUUUCUUAAUACUUUAUGUUCAAUUGAGUUUGAAGCCACAAAGAGGAAGGAAAUAAUAAGGAUUUGAGCAAAAAUAAAUGAAAUAGAGAAUAGAAAAACAAUAGAAUCAAUGAAACAAAAAAUUAGUUCUUUGAAGAGAUCAACAAAGUUAACAAAGCUUUAACUAGAUUAAGGAAAAAGAAUACUCAACUACUAAAAUCAGAAAUGAAAGACACUACUACUGAUUUAUAGGAAUAAAAAGGAUUGUAAGAGAAUUCGUAUAACAGCUAUAUGUCAACAAAUUGGAUAACCUAGAUGAAAUAGACAAAUUCCUAGAAACAUACAAACCAACAAAGUUGACUCAAGAAGAAAGAAUAAAUCUGAAUAGAUCUAUAAAAAGUAAUGAUAUUCAAUUUUGGUUGAAUCAGCAACCAAAACUCUCCUAACAAAGAAAAGCCCAGGAACUGAUGACUUCGCUGGUGAAUUCUACCAAACGUUUAGAAACGAAUUAACACUAAUCCUUCUCGAACUCCUCCAAAAAAUUGAGAAACAGAACCCUUUCUGAGUCAUUCUAUGCAGCCAACAUUACCCUGAUACCAAAGCUAGACAGACAAUACAAGAAAACUAUAGCCAAAUGUCCCCUAUGAAUGCAUUAUAGAUACAAAAAUCCCCAACAAAAUACUAGGAAAUUAAAUUCAGCAGCCCUUAAAAGAAUUUUACACUAUGACCAACUGAGAUUUAUCCCAGAAAUUUAAGAGUGGUUUAACGUAUGAAAAUCAGUCGAUGUAAUACACCAAGUAAUAGAAUGAAGGAGUGAAAAACUCAUGAUCAUCUCAAUUGAUAUAGAAGAACAUUUGAGAAAAUCCAUUCCUCCUUUAUGAUAGAACUGUUCAACAAACCAGGAAUAGAAAGGAACUGUCUCAACAUGAUAAAGACCAUGUAUUAAAAACUCACGACUAACAUCAUUCUCAAUGGCGAAAAAUUUCAAGCUUUUCCACUAAAAUCAGAAGCCAUGGAUGCCUGUGUUUGCCACUUCUAUUCAACAUAGUAUUGGCAGUUCUAGCCAGACCCAUCAGGCAAGAAAAAGAAAUAAAAUAAAUCCAAAUUAGAAAGGAAGAAGUAAAACUAUCUCUAUUUGCAAGUGAUAUAAGCGUAGAAAGCCCUAAAGAAUACCAAAAAUAGCCUCUUAAAGCUAAUAAACAAAUUUAGCAAGGCUUCAGAAUACAAAAUCAACACACAAAAAUCAGUCGUGUUUCUACACACUAGCAGUAAAAAAUCUGAAAAGGAAAUUAAGAAUUUUUUAUUUACAGUAGUACCCAAAAGAAUAAAAUAUUUAGAAAUCAAUUUAACCAGGAAGGCAGAAGACUUGUACACUGAAAACUACAAAGCAUUCUGGAAAGAAAUUAAAGUAGACUUAAAUAAAUGGAAAGAGAUCCUGUGUUCAUAAGUUGGAAGAUUUAAUAUUGUUAAAAUGACAACGCUACUCAAAAUGAUAUGUAGAGUCAAUGUAAUCACGCUAUUAAAAUCCCAACAGCGCUUUUGGCAGAAAUGGAAAAACCUAUUCUAAAAUUCAUAUAAAAUUUCAAGGAACCCAAAAUAGCCAAAAUAAUCUGAAGAGGAACAAAGUUGUAGGACUCACAUUUUCUGAUAUUAAAAUUUACUACAUCGCUACAGUAAUUGAAAUAGCAUGGACUUGGCACAGAGAUAGACAACAUAGACCAAUGGAAUAGAAUCGAGAGGCCAGAACUAACACUCACAUCUAUGGGUAAUUAAUUUUCAGCAAGGGUUCCAGGAUCACUCAAUGGGGAAAAGGACAAUCUCUUCAACAAAUGGUGUUGGGGAAACUAGAUACCCACAAGCAAAAGAAUGAAGUUGGACCUAUACUUUUACACAAUGUACAAAAAUUAACUCAAAAUGGAUCGAAGACCAAAAUUUAAUGCUAUAAAACACUUAAAUAUUAAAUGCUAUAAAACUCUUAGAGGAAAACAUACUGAAAAAUCUUCAUGACCUUGGGUUUGACAAUGGUUUCUUAAAUAUAACAUCAAAAGUACAAGUGAUGAAACAACUGAUAAAUUGGACUUCAUCAAAAUUGUGUAUCAAGUGACACUAUAAAGAGAGUGAAAAGAUAACACAAAAAAUUGGAGAAAAUGUUUGCAAAUCAUAUAUCUGACAAAAAACUAAUAUACUCAGGCAUUUCUUUAUGGCAAUGCAAGAAUGGCCUAAUAAAAUACCCAAAAGAAUUGAACGCAUAAAGAAUCCUACAACUCAACAAAUAAAAGAUAAAUAACUCAAUUUUUUAAUGGACAAAAGACUUAGACACUUCUCUAAAAAAAAGACAUGUAAAUGGUCAUUAGCAACUCAAAAGAUGCUAAAACCACAAUGAGAUACCACUUUGUACCUACUAGAAUGGCUAUAAUUAGAAGAAAAAAUAACUAGUGUUGUUGAACAUGUGGAGAAAUUGGAAACCUAGUAUACUGCUGGUGGGAAUGUAAAUGGUUUAACUGCUGAGGAAGAUAGUUUGGCAAUUCCUCAAAACGUAAAACAGAAUUAUCAAGCAGUAAUUCUACUCUUAAGUAUAUACCGGAUAUAGUUUGACUGUUUGUUCCUAUGCAAAUCUCAUGUUGAAAUGUAAUUAAUCUCCGGUGUUAGAGUUGGGGCCUGGUGGGAGGUGAUUGGAUCAUGGGAGUGGUUUCUCAUGAGUGGCUUCACCAUCUCUAGCUGUCAUCAAGAUUGUGAGUUCUCACAAGAUUUGAUUGUUUAAAAGUGCGCAGCACCUCCCCACUUCCUCUCUUGCUCUGGCUUUUGCCAUGUGACAUGCCUGCACCCACUUUGCCUUCCAUCAUGAUUGGAAGCUUCCUGAAGCCUCCCUGGAAGCAGAUGCUGCUAUGCUUCCUGUACAGACUGCAGAAAUGUGAGCCAACUAAACCCUUUUUUCUUUGGCACUUACCCAGUGUCAGGUAUUUCUUUAUAUCAAUGCAAGAAUGGCCUAAUACAAUACCCAAAAGAAUUGAAGACAACAACUUAAACAGUGACUUGUACACUAAUGUUCAUAGCAGCAUUAUUCACAAUAGACAAAAGGUAGAAACAACCAAAAUGUCUAUCAAAAGAUAAACGGAUAGGCCAGGCACGAUGGCUCACGCCUGUAAUCCCAGUACUUUGUGAGGCCAAGGUGGGCGGAUCACCUGAAUUCAGGAGUUCGAGACUAGCUUGGCCAACAUGGUAAAACCCUGUCUUUAAAAAACAAACAAACAAAAAGAUAAAUGGAUAAACAAGAUGCAGUAUAUACAUACAAUUAUUAUUCAGCCAUAGAAAAGAAGAAUGGAAUACUGAUACAUGCUAUAAGAUAGAUGAACCUUGAAAACAUUAUGCUAAGUGAAAUAAGCUAGACACAAAAGGAUAGUGUAUGAUACCAUUAUGUGAAAUAUUUACAAUAGGCAAAUUCAUAGAGACAGGAGGUAGAUUAGAGGUUACCAGAGGUUACCAGGGGCUGGAAGGAGAGGAAAAUGGGAGUUUUUGCUGAAUAAGCACAGUUUCUAUUUGGGGUGAUGAAAGGGCUUUGGUAAUAGAUGGUGGUAACGGUUGCACAACAUUGUAAAUAUAAUUAAUACCACCAAAUUGUACAGUUAAAAAUGAUUAAAAUGGCAAAUUGCAUAUGUCUUUCUCUGUUUGUGUUGCUAUAAAGGAAUACCCAAGGCUGGGUAAUUUAUAAAGAAAAGAGGUGUAUUUAGCUUAUGAUUCUGCAGAUUGUACAAGAAGCAUGGCACUGGCAUCCACAUCUGGUGAGGGCCUCAGGCUGCUUCCGCUCAUGUCAGAAAGGGAAGGCAAGCCAAUGUGUGUGGAGAUCACAUGGUUAGAGAGCAAACAAGAAAGAGGGGGGUAGUGCUAGGCUCUUUUAACAACUAGCUCUUGGCCAGGUGAGGUGGCUCAUGCUUGUAAUCUCAACACCUUGGGAGGCUGAGGUGGGAGGAUCUCUUCAGCCCAAGAGUUCAAGACCAGCCUAAAAAAAAAAAAAAUCCCAUAAAACCUAGCUCUCACAGGAACUAAGAGACCAAAAACUCACUCACCUGCAACCCAGGGAGAACAUUAAUCUAUUCAUGAGGGAUCUGCCCCAUGAGCCAAAUACCUUCCAUUAGGCCCCACCUCCAACACUGGGUAUCCAAUUGCAACAUCAGAUUUGGAGGGUCAAAUACGUGGGCUACAUACCCUUGUCUCUAGAAAAAAUAUAUAAAAUUUAGAUGGGUGCAGUGACACAUACCUGUAGUCUCAGCUACUUUGGAGGCUGAGGCAGGAGGAUCAUUUCAGCCCAAAAUUUCGAGGCUACAGUGAGCUAUAAUCAGGCCACUGUACAACAGCCU